AUGUCCCAGGACGCGACGCGCCACACAGAGCAUGCGCCCGCCUCCCUGCGCACAGCCCUAUGGUUCCUGGAGCAGCUUUGCUCCAAAGAGCCUUCCAGGGGCGACCCCCACCCCCAGAGAGCAGGGAGCGGCCUGAGGCCCAGUCAGCUGCGUGUGGUUCGACUACCUGGGCUGGGGGUCGUUGGCCAGCUGAGAACAAUGCGCUUGGCAAGCAGCUGCCGCGCAGCAGAGCCACCCAAGGGAGCAGCAACCUCGCGCCGGCCCAGGCGGCAGCACCGCUCUUGGGACUCCCUCCUCCAUCUCCCGCCCGGGGCCGCUCGGGCUUGGCGCUGCCGGGCUCAGGCACACGCUCCUGCAAGAGUCUCGGCGCGGCGCAAGGAGGGCGUGGAGAGGUGGCGCUGCGCUUCUCGCUUAGCCUUCCCCCAGAGGCAGUGCGGGUGCUGCAGCGCUGAAGUCUGGAGAAGCAGCAGCAGCAACGAGUGCGGACCCCCAGGCACGCCUCGCCCGAUGCGGCAAAGCCUCUCCUGGCGCCAGGCUCCAACACCGGCUCGGGAGCCUCGCGAGAAAGACUGCCACGUAGAUGACUGCAAGAGGUCUAAAGAAAAACUUCUGGCUGAAAUUGGGUCUCUUUUGACAGAAAUUGCCUUCCUGAAGGAAGUGCGGGAGCAGCUGAGGUACAAGGAUCCUGAAUCUAGGAAAGAAACUACUAAAGCCCUUACUGAAACCAUCCAGGCCAAGCUGGAGGUGGCCCAUGCUAAGAUAGAGGCUGCUGAGGCUAAGAAGGAGACCUUAGAGGCCCAGAAGAAGGCAGAGGAAGCCAAGGAAACAGCAGAAGCGGCUCAGGCCCGAGAGGAUAACCUGUUGGCCUAUGUCUCAAAAAUCGCUACCCUGGCCUACCAGCAGGCCGCUGAGGCAGAGUAUGACAGCGCCCAGGCCCGGAAAGCCAUGGCAGUAGCAGAGGCCAUCCAAGGGGCUGCCUUUGUUGAUAGCAAAGUCCGGCGCAGCCAUAAGCAUAAUCAGGAUAAGCACCAUAGAGGUCAUCGGAAUCAUGGGGAGUGCCGGUGUCACCACAGUCAUCACAGUCAUCACAGCCACCACAGUCACCGGAGCCACUGUGAGACCCAGAGCGAUCUGCCAAGUUCAGAACCAGAGACCCCAAGCAGCAACCAAUAAGAAGGAUGGAAGUAUAGCAGGAUAGAUGAAGAGAGAGGGGUGGCUUGAUAGAUGAUGCCAUGUGU